CAUGGCUAGAAUCUCAUUGGAAGUUCAGGCUUGUGUGUUUGAUGCGUGAAAGAGAAGUGAUAUGACCGUUCAAAGUAAGCUAUAGACCCACUGCAGUGUCCGAACCCAAUGGGAACAAAUGAAGGCCUGAAGUUGUCACCAUCAAGACCCUCAUAUAAAUCCUAUAUUUAUGCAUGACUUGAGGAAGAGGUCUGGCAACUAUGGCGGAUACCUCGGACGUGAAAGCCCACCAGUUGGAGUCGGGGCCAGCUGUCUGUGGGCCAUAUAUUGCGGUUAUUACCAACAAAACUGCAAACCUGGUCAUCCGUGGUGUUAUGCUGUUUUCCGUUGGGGUCUUCCUUUCUCUGGUGCUCAACCUACUUCAGGUCCAAAGGAACAUUACCCUCUUCCCCCCUGAUGUAAUUGCCAGUGUUUUUUCCUCCGCCUGGUGGGUGCCUCCCUGCUGUGGUACAGUCUCUGUGAUGAUUGGUCUACUUUACCCCUGCAUUGAUCAUUGCCUGGGUAAGCCGCACAAGUUCAAGCGUGAAUGGUCCAGCGUGAUGCGCUGCAUUGCUGUCUUCGUGGGAAUCAAUCAUGCCAGUGCAAAGGUGGACUUUGAAAACAAUGUGCAGCUGUCUUUGACUUUGGCUGCCUUGUCCAUUGGACUGUGGUGGACCUUUGACCGGUCCCGCAGUGGAUUUGGUCUGGGUGUCAGCAUUGCCUUCUUGGCUACUCUUACCACUCAGCUGCUUGUCUACAAUGAGGUUUUCCAGUAUACUUCUCCUGAUUUUCUCUAUAUACGUUCCUGGUUACCAUGUAUUUUUUUUGCUGGUGUAAUAACCAUGGGAAAUAUAGGACGGCAGCUAGCUAUGUAUGAGUGCAAUGUUGUUCAAGAGAAGAAGCAUCAAGAUUAACAGAGUUGAUGAAUAGACGUGCCCGAAACUCCUCCCCAAGGAGGUGCCCAGGAGGCAUCCUACAUAGAUGCCUGAACCACCUCAAGCGGUGCCAUUCAAUGUGAAGGAACAACAGCUUUACUCUGGGCUCCUACUGAACGUCAGAACUCCUCACUCUAUUUCUAAAGCUGAGCCCAGACACCCUGUGAAGGAAACUCAUUUCUGCUGCUUGUAUCCAUGAUCUCAUUCUUUUGGUUACUACUCAAAGCUCGUCACCAUAGGUGAGGAUAAGAGCAUACAGCUGUAGAAAAAAUUGAGACCGUGGCACAAUUUUUUUUGUUUCACUCAUUUCUCUGUUUAUGUGUUUGUCUGUGAAUGAUUAAUUUUGCAAACUGCAGCCUGGUUGUUCUCUGUUUCUCAUUAAUGAAGGUCUUCUUCCUUGCUUUAUGGGACUUCAGUUCUGCUUCUAGGAGCCUGAUGUGAACUGUGUAGCAGUGCACUUCACACCUGCACUUGAUGUUUCCCAUUGCUUUUAAAGGUCACUUGAUGUCAUCCUCAGAUUCAUGAGAAUUUGUCAGAUAAGUUUGUCAUCUCUGACAUUAGAAUGUCACUUCCACCCUUUACCUGGCUGGGUUCUGGUCAUUCUUGUCUGCCCUGGUGGAGUCCAACAUCUACUGGGAAUAUGUCCGACUUACUGCUGGUGAUGCAAACCAGACUUUAUACAGGGGCAUGAUGGCCCACAGCAACAGACUCCAUACUCCUGAAACACCCCUCACAGGAUCCCCCGAGGGACAUGAACCUAUGCUCUUUCCAGGUCCACAAAAUACAUGUAGACUGGUUGUGCAAACUCCCAUGUAUCCAGUAUCAGUGUGAAGGUGAAGAGUUGGUCCGUUCUGCAACCAGGAUGGAAUCUGCAUUGUUCCUCCUGUAUCUGGCUUUGCCAAAGUGGUGGACCCUCUUAUUCAGUACCUCAGCAUAGACUUUCGCAGGGAGGCUGAGGGGUAUGAUGCCCCCAGUAGACUACAAUGCAGUGUAUUUCUGGACAAAAUUUCCCGGACAAAAAAAAUGUAGAUUUAAUACUUGGUUGCAUUGCAUCAAAUUGUGUUAUAAAUAAAAUAGCAUAUACUUUUUAAAAUUGCAGUACAGUACGUAGGAAUAGAUUUUUGUAGAUUGGCUGUAUUUGUUCCUUAUUUAAUUAUUGCCGUAGAUUGCUUACUACUGUAAUAAAUAUUUUAAUUCUCAACAGGGAUAAAGGACAUUAGAACAUAAAGAAACACUAUUUUCUUUUGGUUUCCCAUGUAUUCCCAUUUUGUUUACUUAAGUGACUUUUUUUAAAUGUAGAACAAUAAAAGCACCUGAAAGUUUUCUUCAAUACAUGAGCUGUAGGAUGUUUCAUUUGGAAUCUCCAUUUACUGUUCAAUGACAGUCCACUGGAAAAAAAAUUAUUAGAAAUUCAUUUUGCUUUGCAUUUUGCUUGAGCAGUAUUUAAUUUUUCAUACCGUCAAGAUGGUAUACUGCGGUACUGUGGUGUUUUCAUGGAUUUUUCAAAAACAGAUGUAUUCUAAUAUUAUAUCUUGCUGAUAGAAUUUGCUGAGCAUGGAUGGAAAUACCAUGGCAUACUAUCCAAGCCUACUUUAUAUAGGUAUAUAGUGGUUGACAUGGAAGUAGUUUCUAUGUAGAAAUGGCCAUUUAUGUUAAAGCUGAGAAAUAACUUGAAUCACGACUGAGUGAUGAGGUGGAGAGGAGGAGUGGAAAAAGAAAAUAUAAUUCAAAGUACCCAGCCCAGUCAUGAAGAUACAUCUCUAUUUCUGAGUUUUAAGUUCCUAAACAUUUGUAUCCAUGCUUAAGUUCUUCACCCCCCUUUAAAGAAUUUUCAUCAUCUGUGCAUUAUUGAGAUGAGAUGAAUUGCAGCAGCUGUAUUUUAUAGCAAGUAAAUCUGUUUUCAGUAUAUUCUCUUGUUGCACCAUGUGGAAUGUAAUAAAUCAUGUUUGUACAAAUA